CGUUAGUCAGAUACAAAGUGUGUACCAAAACAAACGCUACUGCCAAAAACGAGUUGGUGAAAAUUUUGUUCAUAAAAGUUAUAGAAGAAAAAAAAAGUGAAAAUGUCGCGAUUUUUGGAUGAUGUUGAUUUCUUUGGUUCACGCUACCACUAUGUCGAUCGACCAAGACAUUAUCCAAGCGCCGACAUUCCAUUUAGACGUACUCUGCGGUGUUACAGAGACGCUGAUGAUUACUUGAAUCCACGAAUCUACGAGAAAACUGGAACAACAUCGAUUCCCGUUAACAAGGAUUAUUUUGAAGUUUGCAUCGACGUUCAACAUUUCAAGCCAGAGGAAAUUUCGGUUAAAGCAGAAAAGAACUCUGUUGUAGUGCAGGCUAAACACGAAGAAAAACAAGAUGAACAUGGAUUUGUGUCACGACAAUUCAUACGAAGAUAUAAUUUACCAGAUGGUUAUAAAAGCGAAGACGUCGUUUCUAGCCUCUCAUCUGAUGGCAUUCUUUCCAUCAAAUGCGCCACUCCAGUGAAAGUUGAAAGUACAGAAGAACGCCAAGUGCCAAUCAAACAAACUCAUCUACCAUCGAGCGCCAAGAGCAGCGAGGAGAAGAAGGAUGGAAAAGAAACACCAGUAGCAUAAGAAUGUGUUUGUGUGGUUCAUUUUUAAUCUCAGUGUUUUGAUUUGACUUUUAUACUGCGUGUAGCUCUAAGAGUUUUUUUUUAAGCAAUAUGUAUUCAACCAAUCGUUUUUUUAUCAGAAAAAAUAAAGACGAAUGAGAUCGAUCUUUUAUAAAUGAAUUGAAAAGUUUUUCUUUAAUACUUUUGUCACCAAUGAUUGUCGUCAGUUAAUCGUUGUGAACAGCUGUGAAUUUUUUGCGGAACAUUUCAUUAGAAUUUUUAAUAUUUCUGUUGCAUUUGUAUUCCAUUUUCGAUUUGAUUUAUUUUACCAAAGACUGGAUUCGAUGCAAAACUCAAAAAAAUGCCGUUUUCUUCCAAUGGAUUAUGCCUUCCAUUCGCUUACACUCGUAAUGGAAUUAUAUGCCGUUGCGUGGAAUGACGUGGAUUCAAAUUUAAGAAAUUAAAAAGAAAACGUCGACAUAACUAAUAUUGAUAUUUGGCUUAGCAGUUUCUAGUAACAAAAGCUGUGUGAUAAGAAGAAUAAUGUCAAUCUCAAUAUAUCUAGCUACCAAGCCUAUCUAACAAAGUGAUUUAAUUUUUAUCCGCAAUAUAAUUUCAAAUGGUAUUGAAUUUUUUCUUGUGUUUGAAGAAUUCCGCUGGAAUAGAUUUGCAGCUGUCUGUGCAAAGAUAAGGGGAUACGUCAAAGAUUUUAUUAGAUUAUUUUAUCAACGAAAUCAAAUGGGAAUAAUGUAAGUUGAAAGUCAAUUUAGUACCAUUUUGUAAGUAGUGCCGCACUGAAGAUGACGGGGAUUUCACAGAAAAGGAGUUUUCGUACUGAAAAACGGCCACCAGAAGGAGGAUGGGGUUUGAUAAAAGUUUUAUCUUUCUCAAUAUCUUAUUAAUAUGUUAUGAAAUAUAUUUCAAAAAAAAAAUCUCUAAUAAAGUGGUCAACGAACGUUA